CUGCGCGGAAGUGGGUUGCCUGUGGGAGGGCGAAGGCGGAAGCGCGGCGGUAGCGAUGGGUUGCGAUGGUGGCACCAUCCCCAAGCGGCACGAGCUGGUGAAGGGGCCGCGGAAGGUCGAGAAGGUUGACAAAAAUGCUGAAUUGGUGGCACGAUGGUACUACUGUACUCUGAGUCAAGAGAAAUUAUGUCGACCAAUUGUGGCCUGUGAGCUAGGCAGGUUGUAUAAUAAAGAUGCUGUCAUUGAAUUCUUGUUGGACAAGUCAUCUGAUAAAGCUAUUGUGGAAGCUGCAUCACAUAUCAGGAGCAUUAAGAGUGUUACAGAACUAAACCUUGCCGAUAAUCCAGCUUGGAGUGGUGAUAAAGAGAGUAUAAAAGGUGAUAAGUAUGAUGAUAUCCAGUGUGCACGCUUUAUAUGCCCUGUGGUGGGCUUGGAAAUGAACGGAAGGCAUAGGUUUUGCUUCUUGCGAAACUGUGGCUGUGUGUUCUCUGAACGUGCUCUCAAAGAAAUUAAAACGGAAGUUUGCCAUAGGUGUGGUGUUCCUUUUCAAGAGGAAGAUGUGAUUAUCCUUAAUGGUAAUAAAGAAGAUGUGGACAUACUGAAGAAAAGGAUGGAGGACAGAAGACUUAAAAGUAAACUAGAAAAGAAAUCAAAGAAGUGCAAGUCAGCAGAGUCUGCUUCUCAGCAAGAUACUAAUGAAGAUUUUCCAGGUCCAUCAAAGGUUAAGAAUGGAAAAGGUUGUAUCAAUUCUACUUCUAGAGAAAAGAGGCAGAUUAUAUUCACCAAAAGUUCAGCAGAUAAUGGAAGCUCAUCUGUACCAGGAAAAGUCAAUAAAGGCUCUUCCAGUACUACGAAGAGAUCAAUUGCAGACAGUGAGGAAAAAUCUGAGGCGUACAAAUCUAUUUUUACAUCACACAGCUCAGCAAAACGCUCGAAGGAAGAGUGUUCCAAUUGGAUUACUCACACAGCAUACUGUUUCUGAAACAAUGAUGUGCCUGAUUGUAACAUUCAUUACUGCUUUCCUUCCCUAAGGCUUUUGCUGUGCAACUCUGAUACAGAACCUUUGUUGUAAUCUGAUGUUAUCUGGAAUUACUCAGUUUGCAAGUUGUUUAUAAACCUGUGAAUAGCUAAUGAACUUGUGUUAGUUGCAAAUUCUACUAAAUAAGAAGAAAUAAUCACCAAAAUCCAUGUUCUAUCAGCAGAGCUCAUUUUAAAAUGAGGGAUUAUUUACACAAAAUAGAUUUUUUUUUCCCUAGGUGGAUGCCAUCAUUCUUAGUCACCCUAGGUAAUGUCCUCAGUAGUGGGAAGAAAGGGUAGGAGGAUCUGCUUAAUGUUCCCUGCUAUUGAUAUUUGCUGAAACUAUAAUUGAAGUUUUCAUUAUCGUAGUCCAGAAGCCUAAAAUUUUUGAUAGUAAGAGCAGCAAUAAUACUUUGUUUCACUAGCCUCAACAGAACAACACAUUUCUUAAAGGUUCUGUAGGUAUUUAUACCUUUCAAGUAAUGUACGUUUUGAUAGAAUAUAUGUAAGCAUAGCCAUCUUGAAAAUAUUUGUACAAUAUUUUCAUUAUAUAUAUUAUUGUCUGCUUCUAAUAACAGGAUAUAUACUUGUAUGUCAUUGUAUAUAAAUAUAGACCUGUGGUUGUAUGGUUAUUUUUCCCAAAAAGACUUAGGGAUUUUGUUGUUAGCGGUGUUUGUUUUAAAGCUUGAAGUAUCAGGUCUAAGUUUCUCUUCUUUUGUUAGAGGCUCAUAACAGAGUGGAACAAAAGUGUGACCUUUCUUCCUCUUCUGCUGAAACAGUGAGGUUCUGUGUACAUCUCUGAGGAGGAAUUUGCCAUUCUGACCUGAGCUCAGGGUUUUUAGCUUAAAUGAAGAAUAUGAACAUUUGCAUAGGGAGAGGGAAAAUUAUGUCUGGAAACAGAAUAGAAUGGCAGGCUGAUCUGAAGUGGCUUUUUAAGGAGAAAAAAUUUUGCAUGAGUAUCACACGUUUAAGAAACCUAUUGGUAGCUGAUGGAGGGAGCCCUUUAAGGCUGAAGUUAGCUGUUUUGAACAUUUCUCUCCUUCUGCAGGCAACUGAAAUGUGCUGCUUUCAGAACAUCUGUGGUACACAUUGUUUUAUUUCCUGGCAUAAAAUUCUUAACAGCAAACAAAUAUUUAUCUUAAUUUCUUGUUAUACAAAGAUGCAAAGUAUGAUAUGUUUUUGCUAUUGUACGAGUUUUGCUUCUGUAUUAAUGCAUAUUAUCCCUGUGACUUUGAUUUCAGUAAAAUUUGCAGCUCUCAUAUGACCAUAACACUUCAUGUUAAGCUGAACAGAUAAACAGAUGUUCAUUUUGCCAGCUUUAGAACAUAAUAACUUACUAAUUUUAGUCAUCAUGUAUUUUCAUAGGCUUUUGAAAAGGCCUUUUUAUUUUUAGAAUUUUUCAAACACAAAAAUAUUUUUAAAGUGUUAGUGUUCCCUUGCAGUGAUUUUGUGGCUGAGUGAUAUUGAAUCCAGUAAUAUUUACAUGACAUGAUCGGAGGGGAAACUGGAAACUUCUGACCUUCCUUUCUUCCUCUUUUUAAAUUAAAAUCUGCUUCUAUAAUUGUGGUUCAAACUAACCAGAAUAGAAGUGCAAAAAAGGAGGCUUUUAAAACCACAGCAUGAUGUUAUGUUGUUACUUUUUUGGUGUGAAAAUGAUUAAUUAUCCUCAUAAUUUAUUUUCAAGUGUCCCCCUUUAUAAUUGGCAAUAGUUAAUUGGAAAUUCAAAUGUUGUGUUUAUACCUGCGUAGGUGGUCUUCAUGGUUCAAGUGCAUCAAAUGAAACUGCUCAGAUUUUAUUAUUAUUUUGAUAGGUAUAAUUAAAAACUGGCUUGUAGAAUUUAUAUGGUGGUAAGCAUUUUUGUUUUCCAAAGAUGUGAAUGUAUCUAUACAUCACAUCAAACAGUUUGAGGUUUACUUGAGUUUCCAGGAAGCACUUAGCCACGUUUUAUAUGCAUGUCUAGUAAUCAGUUUUGUUCUCUAUGUCUUACUUCUUUUUUUCUUUCCUAUUAUCCUUUAUUAUUUGUUAGUUACAGAUAGUUGAAAUUACUGCACUAAAAGAUACACAGUGGCAGUCCCUUUAUUUGCAAUGUAAUUCUGUUUUGACAGCACAUGUUAAAUUCCUAUUAGUAUUUUAUAGGUGUCCAUUUUUCUUUUAUUUAGAUCGGUUAUAAAUCUUAAGGGGAAAUUAAUGCUCUUGACUUGGUUAUUACUUUGCUAAAGAAUAUGAGAAAAUAUAAUACACAGUGCUGCUUCCUUUUCCAUGAUAAUGUUAAGUAAAAUCCAGUUAUCCAGUUUACUCACUUGAUAACAGUUUUUCCUGGUCAUUGGGGUACUGUCAUGACUUUUUUUUUUUUUUAACCUUCUUAGAGCAUCUAUUAAAAUAAGUUCAUGAUUAUUAUGAUUUUGUUAGUGAACUGAUUCUUCAUAUACACGUAGAGGUUUUUAUCUGGAAUUGAUAGUUUGUGUUAUGGCACUUCGUUAGGAAAGCUUUUGUUUGGUAGUUUCGCAUCCUGACUUUGUAGAUGGAUUUCUUAAAAUGUUUAUGGUUUAUAAAAGUGUUGUCAGUGACAGAUGAGGUCUUCUCCUUCCCUUUACAAAAAACAGAUGUGAAGGAAUGUGAUAUAUUGUUGGCAUGUGAUGCAAUUCAUUGCCACAAUUGGCUUUUGUUAUUGUAAAAUAGAAGAGCAAAAAACUGACACUUCUGUUGUUGGCAGGCUGGGCUAGGCAGUUGAGACUGGAACGUUGACUUGGCAAGUUUUAAUAGAUUCAAGCAAAUAGUUUGCUUGAGAAUGUUUGCUUUGUUGUGGUUUUCUUUUUGUAAGGGAGGGCAAUUUAAUUUUCUUUUAAUGUAGGUGAAUUUGAAUGUUGGUGAAAGUUGAAGACUACAGAAGUUUUAGAAUCUGAAACCUUCUAUGUUUCUGAGAUGCCACAUAAGGCUCUACAGCAUUGUGUCCAUGUGUCUGUUCACAGAACAGUUAGUUCUGUUUCCAUUAAGUUCAAGCCUUGGCCUCUCUUCUGAGGAGUUUAAAAAGGAUCCAGCUAAUGCCAGUUGUAUAAUAGUGGGAUUUUUUUCUGAUGUGGAACCUGCCUACUGGGAACUGGACUGAAAUUCAACAGCUUCCUUCACAUAACCCAAUAAUCAGAUGCUGGUCAUGAAACCUAGCCCAGAUAUGCACCAGUGAAAAGGGACUGUAAAGCCAUAUGCUUCAUUUUACAGUCCUGCAGAUUAUCUGUUUGCAUCCUUGCACAGCUCUCUGUACUUACAGUAUUUGUACCUGUAAAACUGAAAAAUUGAGGGUGUCCAUACAUUAAAACUCCGUGGAUGUGAGCCUGA